AUGCAAGAACUACAACAAAAAACUAAUGAAAUUCUCCAAGAGGAAAUUAGGAGAGCAAUCGAAGAAAAAUUAAGUCGGUUCACUUUUCCCUGCCCUCAUUGUCAAAAACAUAUAGAAGAAAAAAAUUUCGGCAAAGAACAACAGGCCUUCCAUUUUAUUAAUGGAAUAGAGUUAGAACAGCAAAAAAUUUAUGAAAAUUUUCCAGAAGUCAAAAAAUUAAGAGAGACCAUUGAAAGCAACCAAAAAGAAAUAAUCUAUCUUCAAUCUCCCGCCCAUAUAGAAAAUUCCAUUCGGGUUAAGAAUUUACAAAAUCAAAACCAAGAAUUACAAAAACAGUUGACUGAGAAAAAAGAGCAAAUUCAGAAUUUAGUAUUAAGACAAAAAGGACAGGGCAAAGGGCAAGACCUAGAAAAAUGGUUCUAUGAGGAAUUACUGAAAGUUUUUGACGGCCAGGAUAGAAUUACCGACAUAAGCAAAGGGCAGAUUGGUGCUGGCAAAAGAGCCGAUUUUCUUCAAGAGGUCUUAACUGCCAGCGAGCCAAAAGAGGUAGUUGGUCGAAUUGUUUACGAAACCAAAAACGCUGAAAAAUGGGACAAUAACAUGGUAUCUCAUCAGGCCGAUUAUGGUUUCAUUGUUGCUACCUGUGAGGGGGACAAAAUCAUUCGGUCAGCCAAAACUAUCGACCCCCACAAAAAAAUUUACAUCAGCGGCGACAAUGUUAAUCUAUUCUCGGUAAUAAAGGCCAUCCGGGAAUUAUUAAUUACCGAAUAUAGCCUCACAAGAAAUGAUAAUUCAACCGACCAAGAACAAAAAUUGAAAAAAAUUGAGGAGUGGGCCAGCAAUAAAUUGCCUAAAUAUAUAAUUGAUUUACAAAAACAAUUAGAAAACCAAGAAAGUGCGGCUAAUACGAUUAUUGAUAAAGCCAAUAAAAUAAAAAAAUUUAAAGAGGAAAUUUACCGAUUAGCCAUGUCCGGAAAAGUUUAUAAUGCCCUUUCAUUCGGAGAUGAGGUUGUUAUUGGUGAACUAAAAGAAAAGAAAGACAUACUUUUUUCUUAUAAUUCAUGUAAAUAUCCUUCUUCUCUUGAUAAUUAUCUUACUUUUGAAGGAGGAAUAGUAAUAGAAACAGUAGGAGAAGAAAUAAUAGAAUUUGGCAAAGUAGGGGAAACAUUCACCGAGGCAGAAGAAACAACACCACCUCCAGAAGAGCCAACCGCAGGAACAAACGCAACGAGAACGGGAGAGACCGGAUAUACACCACAACCGGAAACAACUGGGAAUUCAUGGCAAAUGCCAGAACAAAACACCCCCCUAAACCUAUUAGCGUUUAUGAUUAUUUCGAAGCAAAUUAACCAAUACAUUCCUGGCAGCAGUAAAGAUGAAAAAAAGAUGCUUUUCUUGUCGUUAAUAAAAAGUGGGCUUGUAAAUGAAGACCACAUAGACAGCCAACGGAAAUUCAUUAAAUAUAAAUUUCUUAAAAACAAACUUGAAGAAAUUUAUCCUCAAAAAAAAGGCUCUCCAAGUGACGGUUCUCCUCCUAGUGAAGAUGGGCUUGCUCAGACUAAAAAAAAUGCUAUUCAAACCAUCACUGUUGCUCUAAACCUAGAACCUGCCGUAAAGGAAAGCGAGUUAAGUUCUGAAUUUCAAGGCUGA